CAAAGUGAACUUACAUCAUGUCAAAUUGUGUCUAUGAAUUAGAAAGGAUUAAAAAUCGGUAUCAAAAUAAUGAAUAAAUUAACUGUACUCUACGAGAAAACAGCUCAGUUUGUAGCAAGUUAUAUGAAAAAUGUAUAUAGCCCAAAGUUGGCUGUUUGGGAUGGUUUUAGCCAUGUGGAUUGGAUUAUGUUUAAUUGACAUUUGCCUAAAGGAUAGUGCACAUAUGUUGCAAUUAACAGAAUUUAAUAAGCUGAAUGAAAUAAUGGCACAUUUAUUAGAAAAUUCUAGCAGCCUAAUUCAACAAAAGUCAUUUGAAAGAAAAGAAAAUAAAAUUCGGUCUGUUUACCAGAAUAAAAGUAUAUUAUUGCAAUACAUAACGUUUAUAGCUACAACGUGUUUAGUUUUAACCUACUACAGAAAGAAACAUUUUAUGUUGGACACGAUAAUGAAAAUAAAAACGGUCAAUAAACACGAAAUGAAACAACACUGCAUGCGCAAGGUUCAAACUUUGAAAUUUACCGCCAAAUCAGUUGGUGUUGCCAUUCUAAAAAUUUUGAAAAUGAGCAUGGGGAAAAUUGAACAAUUAAGAAUUUACAUAACUAAAUAUAAACAGCAGUCAACGUCCAUACGGAAUCCCCAAAAUGUUAAUUUAAUUUUACUAAAUAAAUUAAAAGAAUAUAGCCACGAACGUAGAAACUUGGGGCACAUUUUAUUUGCGACUAUGCAAGAAAAUAAAAAUAUAAGAAUGCAGUAUACGUUAGAGGCACUGGCCAAAAAAAGACUUGUAAGGCAAAUAGAAGACACACAAAAACAAAUGAAGGAAAACAGGUCCCGCUACUUAGGCUUUCAGCAAUUAUAUACUAUAGCGCACCAGGAAAAUAACUUUCUAAAAUCCCGAAUCAGAAAACUAACUCAAGACAAGGAAGAAGCUGAGAGGAAUCUUAUCAAAUUGGUAAAUUACGUUUGGCAAUCAAAACAUAAUGAACUGAAAGCUUAUUGCAGUCGUUUAAUAGUGAAAACUAAGAAUGACUUGCUUAGUUCUGACCCAAAAUUGGAAAUAGAUCGAUUUCUCAAACAGUCAAGUAAAGUGAAACAUCGAAUUUCUGAUCAAGAAUCUAAUAAAUCGCAUUCUCUUGAUACGAUCAAAGAAGUAAACGAAAAUCGUGAAGAAACAGAUUUAUCUGCUUUAGUUAAAGAUGCCCCAAAAUUAAGAGGGCUUCCUGGUGAAUGUGUUUGGACAGUAAAAGAUAAAGAUGGAUUUAUAGAAAAGUUGUAUGAAUACGACACAGAUUUAGACAAUGGUGAAACAAUUAGAAAAAUAAGGCAAUAUUCAGUGUAUUACGACAAAGACUGCUUAUUAGACAUCUCUAGUUCUACCAGUUCUACAAAUCUUAUCCAGAGUACAAAUAUCGAUUUAUCAGAUUUACGUAGGCAGUACAUAAACAAGUGCAUUACUGGGUCACAAGCAUUUCAAACAUUUUUAAAGAAUAACAAAAUUAUUGUUCUUUCAAGAACUAGAAGGUCAACACAACGACCUCAAUUAACUUAUUAAGAUUUUGUAAAUUUUAGUUUUACAUCAUUUGUAUUUACCUACCUACAUUGAGUUUGAGAAAUAUAUUUUGUAUUUUUGCA